ACAAAAUGACCCCGCCACCCCCCACUCCCAAACAGAUCAUUCUCGGCGCUCUUCUGCAUGACGUUGGCCACCUGGCGGGCAUUCGCGAAGGCGGGGCGCGCAUGAUCACGAAGGGCGUGGUGCUCGGCGCGGUCAAUCAUGAGGUCAUAGGAGCGGAGUACCUGGCUCGCCUCCGCUUCCCUCCUGCGGUCACGGCCUUCGUCAGGCGCCACGUGCAGGCCAAGCGGUUCCUCGUGGCCACUGACGCCGGCUAUUAUGAGACCCUCACGGAAGCGAGCAGGAUGACACUCGAGCAUCAAGAAGGACCGAUGACGGAGGAGGAGGCCAGGUCUUUCGCUCAGGAUCCGCAGUUCGACGCCAUUUUGAGGAUGAGGAGGUGGGACGAAAAAGCCAAGGACCCCGAGGCAGUCACACCGCCCUUGGAGCACUAUAAGGACAUGUGUUUGGGGUUCCUGCGGGAGAGCGAGGCGGCGGCGAGCAAGGCGGGAAAAAAGAUUUGAAACGCUCGGGCUACGGGUGGAACAAGUUUUCUGUUUCUUCUUGUUUUCCUUUUCCUUGUUCAAUUUUUUUUAUUUCGUUUGUUUCUCUUGUGGUCUGGUGAAAGUACAUGGAUGGAAACUUUAUUAAAUUGUUCGGAUGAA